GGAGAUGCUAUCCCUCGCAUGAAAACAUUCAUCCUAUGUAAAAUGCCUGACAGCAGAAAUUUGUGCAGUUGGAGGAAUGUGGAGAUGCAGGUUGUCAGUGAUCUGCCACAACAUGAUCCAUGCCAUAGCUCGAUGUGAUAGAAACGGCUGUCAGCCAGAAACUGCACACCAAACCCAAUCUGGAGAUCACGCAUCAUUGACUAUCAUACUAGAGCUCUCCUGUCAGAGGAGGCCAGGAAAGGGAUCUGGAUUCAGCAUUCAAAAGGAUAUUGAAGUCUUAUUAAUCAUCCUUCAGUAUUUGGAGACAGAUUUAUCUCCCUUUGAAGAAGUCUCUGUACAGCUGGCCUUCCAUGUCAGAGGAUCUGAUGAGAAUUCCUAGUGAUAAUUGAUCUGAACUGUUUCAAUACUAACCAUUUGUCCAAUUAGAAUCUACAGAGAUGCAGAUUAAUGACAGGUUGAGCCAUAGAGCCCUUAUUUAUAGUGACUUUAGUACAGAAGCUGGAUUAUAACCAAGAAACUGUGAAGUAAACAGGCUUGUGGGUAACACUUGGAAGAAAUGUACAAAUAUUAUGGUCUUCAUAAAUAAAAGUGAAGCUUCAA